AUGCAUGAUUAAGAUGUGUUUGCCCUUUUUAUAAAAGAAAUUGAGAUUAUUUCAAUUUCUAAAUUGAAGCAGAACCAAGUUUAUCAAUAAAUUAUUGAAGUCCAUUUAUAAAAAAAAAUUAAAAUUUUAAAAGAACAAAAUUAUUUUGCAUAUAAACUGAUAUAAAUAAAUAUAGAUUUUAAUCAUUUCAAAUUCUUAGAAGAUUCUAAGUUAAACUAAGUUAUUGUUGAAAAUAAAAUUUAAUUAAAACAGAUCAUUAAAGGAAUGAUAGCAUUUAGUUUAAAUGCAUGUUCUGAAUACUUGUUAAUGCUCUUAACUAUGGAGAAAAUAUAAUAACUAAUAGAUAAAUUACAUUUAUAUUAAAUAUAGAGUUAUUAUUAAACCUCCUAUUAAUCGCCAUAUUUAAAUAUCCAUAAUUUGCCUCCUGAAGAAUAUUUAGAAGAUAUCAAAAUUUAACUUAAAAACUGA